AUGCUCCCCAAGAAGAGCAGGCUUCUGUCGCCGCCCCUGAGAAUGUGGAAGCACCAAAGGUCGAGAAACCAGAGAGAAAACGAACUGGAGGAUAAAGCUGAUGCCCCUACGACAACACAGCCCGAGGAGCCUGAAACGACAAUUGCCGAAACCGAGAAGCCAACCAACGAGGAGGCUGCACCUCCUAUCGAGGAACCCACCGAGCCAGAGGUCACCCCUUCAACAGAGGCACCAGCACAGCCAGACUUCGCUUCUCCCGAAAUCGAGGCUGGCAUGUCAGCCAAGGAGAAGCGCAAAGCAAAGAAGGAUAAGAAGAAGCGCCAGUCCAAGAACCUCGAAGUCGACAACGCCACGACCGAUGAUACCGCCGUCCCCGCCGAUGACAAAACCGUCCCUCCCGAGGACACAUGGGAUUCUUCUAUACCCGUGACGGCAACCUCGCCUGCGGAGCAUGACGGUAAAGACCAUCAGUCCCACGACAUAGAAACGCCCGACGCCCCGGCAAAUGAUUUAGCUCCGACUGAUGAAUUCGUGUUUACGCAGGUAGAGCAGCCAGAGAUAGAGAGUCUCGGCGGAGCGAGAUGUGCAGCAAGAGGGGAGGCUCCAGCCACCGAAGACGCCGAGGCAUCGAAUGUGGCCGAAGACCAAGUUAUUGAUGAAGUGGAGAAGGAGGAUACAGAGAAGCAGGAUCAGGUUGUUGAUGAAAUUGUUGCUGAUAUUGUGCCUGUGGAAGAGGAGACUACAGCAGAGGAGGUUGUUGAGCCUGUGAUCGUGGAAGAAGAGUCCACGACAAAGGAGGAAGAUGUUACUGAAAAGGCUAUCGUCGAGGAACCUCCUGUCAAGGAGUCUACUGAGACCGCGCCGGAAGCCAGUGCCCCCGCCGAACAAGAGCUGCCUGUAGAGGAACCUCUCCAGCCAGCAUUGUCCAAGAAAGAUAAGAAAAAGAAUAAAAAGAAGAAGAAGCAGCAGCAGGGGGAGGUGGAAAGUGAAGAAACCCCUGUUGCAGAGCCCGAGAAAGUGCUCGAAGAGAAGACCGAACACACGGAAGCCGAGCCCGCCAUCGUCGAAGAAACCCAGGACAAGUCGAUCCCUGAGCCUGAGGUCGAACCAAUUACAGAGCAGGAGGAGUCUAUGGCCGUGGAAGAGCCUGCGCAGUCGACAGAAGAAGUGGUUGAGCCUUCUGCACCUCAGCCACUCCAAGAGGUGGAAUCUCCCACGGAGGUCAAACCAGCUGAAGAAGAGCCUGCUCCUGCUCCUGAGCCUGAGGCGGUGGAAGAAACACCAAUGCCAAAGAAAAUGAGCAAGAAAGAGAAGAAGAAGGCUGCCGCCGCUGCUGCUGCUGCCGCCGCCGCAGAGGAGGAAAAGACCGCGGAGGAAGUCUUGCCCGAGGCAGUUGAAGAGCCUGCUGCUAUUACGCAAGAUAUCGAUGUUCCCGCCACUACUCAACAAGAAGAACAAUCCCCUCUCGAUACGAUUAAGCCUGAGUCCCAGCCUUCCGACUUAACCGCUGAUGUGCCAAAGGAUAUCGACGAGCCUCUGGUCGAGGAACGGCCGCCUGCUAUCGAAGAAGCUGGCGAAGAGCAGCCUGCUACUGAGGUGUCCUCCACCGAGACUAACACUGAGGAGCCCGAACCUGCCCUUGAUUCGACCAUGGACGAUGCGGUCGAUGCUCCCUCCACAAAUCUUCCUGUUGACGAGACGCCUGUCGAAGAGACUCCUGUCGAACAGACCCCGGUUGAAGAGACACCUGUUGGAGAGACUCCGGUUGAAGAGACUCCGGUUAAAGAGACUCUUGUUGAAGAGACUCCCGUUCAAGAGACUCCCGUUGAAGAGACUCCCAGUGGAGAAACUCCUAUCGAACCGGUAGUGGAGCCUGAGACAGAGUGGCCAACAGCAACGAAGAAAAUGAGCAAGAAGGAGAAGAAGAAGGCUGCUGCUGCUGCCGCUGCCGCCGCCGCCGCCCUUGAAAGUGAACAGUCUGUCGAGCCCAAGCCAGAGCCCACCGUGGAUGAACCAUCCGCGCCCUCUGAAGAAGCACUCGAUGUUUCAAGAGAAGUGACCGCUCUGGAAGACAAUCAACCCGAAGUUGAGCAGCAGGUUGAAUCCCCAUCAGUGGAGUCGACCGAAAAGGAAGUCAUCGAGCCGCCGACACAGGAGACAGAUGAGACUGCCGAACCAAUUGUCGAAGAGCCUGAGCAGCCUGAAGCACAAGCCAAUACUUCCGAGAAGGAAGUACAGUCUGAGCUUGCAAUAGAAGAACCAUCCGCUGAACCUAUCACUCGCAAGUUGUCAAAGAAGGACAAGAAGAAGGCCAAGAAGCUGGCAAAGGCAGAGCCUUCCGAUUUGGCUGCCACUCCCACUGAGGAGCUCCCAAAGGAAGAUGCACCCGCAGGUGCUGUUAAUGAAGAUGUCUCCGCAAACUUUGCAGAGACUAGCAUCGAAAUGGCUCCCGAGGUCGUUCCAGACUCAGAGCUUGUCCGCGAGCUACAGAUUGCGGUGACACCUGAGGUCCAACCCGAGCAACAUGACAUCCCCGCUGCCAUUGAGCCAGAGAACCUAGAGGUCUCCGAGCAAGCCGAAGAUAAGGAUGAAGAACUUCCUGUCGAGCAAAUUGAUGAAACUACGAUCCAUCAAACCCCUUCUCCCGAAGAGCAAGAACAGAAAAAAGAGGAGGAAGAGACCAAGUUCCAAAGCCAGGCUCUUGAGAAGGCAGCAGACCUCGAAGUGGCUGGGCUCGAAGACCGACUACCAGAGCCAGAAUCCGCCGCUCCUCUUUCUAAGAAGCUCUCCAAAAAGGAAAAGCGCAAGUCCAAGAAGAAUGAAGCAGUCGAAGAACCGGUUGAAGAAAGCCAAGAGCAAUCUAUCUCAGAGGUACCCUUUACCGAGUCGAAAGAAGAAGAAUUGCCUACAACUAUGCCUACGCCUUUACCCGAAGUCGAGCCUACAGUUGAGCCGGAGCCGGAGCUUCAAAAUGAACCACAACUUGAAUCCGAGUCAACGAGGGAGAUCCAGUCUGAGCCAGAGGUGUCCAAGGAGAUCGAGCCUGCAAUCGAAACUCCUGCUGCUGAGACAGAGACUGCCGCAGAGGCCACCCUAGUCGAGUCAGUCGAGCCAGUCACAGAAACACCACUCUCAAGCAAGGCUUCAAAGAAGAAAUCAAAGAAGGCCAAGAAAGCAGCCCAAGCGUUAGAGGAAGCAUCUCCCGUCAAGAUCACCGAAGAAUAUUCUGCCGCCACUCCAGCCCAGGAAGAAUCUAGCCGCGACCUUGAGCUUUCCGAAUCGACUCCUCAAGAGAAGAAACCCGGUGAUGACGAAUUCCCCACGAUCGAGUGGGAACAUGGCCACUCUCCCAAGCCCGAGACAUUCGAGGCACAGUCACCCGAGUUCCACGUCAAGAUCCCUGAACCGGUCCCCCAGACUAUCGAGGAGUAUGAUGAGUCUGCAAUCCCUGUCGCUCUGCAAGAGGCCAAGGAGCAGUCCCAAGAGGCGACCGAGGAAGAAGCCUGGGCUGCCCCAUUGAGCAAAAAGGACAAGAAAAAAGCUAAGAAAAACAAGAGAAAGUCCGAACAAGCAAGCCUUGCUGAGCCUGAGGCGGAAGAGCCCCUGCACAAGAGAGUCGAACUGGCAACUGAAUUCCCCGAGCCACCGCUUGACACUGUGAUCUCCAAAGAGAUCGAAACGCAACCACCUGCGAGAACUACGACUCCCGGUGGCUCCAAGAUUGCUAAUCUCUUUCCUGGCCUCGAGCGAGGCGGGUUUAAACGAUCGGCUCUGGACAACAAGACCCCGUCGCUAAAAGAUAGUGCUGAGGAAGAGACUGAAGUGGACAUGGAAGCGAAUCGCGAUAUCGUGAUCCCCGUCUCGGAAGCACCCCAAGCGACCCUCGAAUCCAGAGAGAUUACUGAGAGCAGUCGUGAACUGCCCAUUCCCGAUGAAAAAGCACUGGUCGAAGAGCCAGAGCCAGAGCCAGAGCUUCCAGUUCACGAUGAGCGGCCCAUGCAGUCUGCCUCUAAGGAGCGAUCCUCACUGUUAUUCGACUCGUCUCCAUCUACACGUACGGAGGAUGCAUCUACACCCCGGCGUCUAUUGCCAUCUCAGAUGGAAGUCCCCGAUCUAUCCCCUUCCCCCUCUGGAUUACGCCGAACACCCUCAGUGAUCCACGGGCGUCAUCAGCAAACGCCACGAACAUGGACCCUUGACGAGGAGUCUAUCCCAGCUACCAGUGGCCCAUCACCACCUCGUUCCCUCUUUGGAGGACCUUUUGGAGAUCAUGAUACUCUAUCGCGACCCCGGACUCCGCUCGAUCCCAUUGCGGAGCAAGAACCAGCGGAUUGGGGGAAAGCGACCAUGGCUCGCUCCGGGACGCCCCGUCUGGAGAUCAAACCCGAGCAUGUUCUUCCACGACCAGUGACUCCAGUGAGAAAAUUCACUGACAAUGCGAUCGCACGCGAGAGGUGGCCCACGCCUGAAAAUGAAGAGAAAAUUCGCAGUCAGGACAGCCUUAAGAGUGGAAGUGGAUCAGGAUCAGGAUCAGGCCUGUCACCAUUAAAAACUCCGGAGCAGGGGAUGCCAGUGCUCAAACCCAGUGGUAGCAAGGGGAAGCUUCGUCGCAUGAAUCGUAGCACGAGCAGCGAUCUGCGGGCGGCUAGUCGGGCUUUAGACGAGGACGAGGACGAGUCAGAGUCUCAGCUGCAGUCCCAGCCCCAGUCAUCCCAGCCUCCACCCAAUCUCGAUCUCGAUCAACUUCCUUCUUCUUCAUCCUACGACCCCGUCAAUGACAAGGGCAAACGCCCCCUGCGAAACAUGGAUGUCUAUGUAAGUUUUGGACUCUCACCCAUUGUUUAUGCAAAUAUUCCUUUGUUUGUUUACUGA